AUGUCUUCGUCAUCAAGUGGCUCAGAAGACGAUGAAGGCUUCGACGCAUACAGGAAAGGUGGGUACCACGCGGUGAGGAUCGGUGAUUCAUUUGCCGGCGGUCGAUAUAUUGCCCAGAGGAAGCUGGGUUGGGGGCAGUUCUCCACGGUUUGGCUGACUUAUGAUACCCAAACCUCUGUGCGUUCCUCUAAAUCUAAAUAUGUUGCCCUUAAAAUCCAAAAAAGUGCACCACAAUUUGCUCAAGCUGCUCUCCAUGAAAUCGAACUUCUUUCUGCCAUUUCUGAUGGUGACCCUUCCAAUGAGAAGUGUGUUCCUACUCAAGCUGAUCAAGUACAAUCGCUACAAUGGCCUCGAGCUAAACCAAGUGAAGGAAAUGUGCAAGUGCAUAUUAAUUGGCUUGACUACUUGCAUAGAGAACUUGGCAUCAUUCAUACAGAUCUUAAACUCGAAAACAUUCUUUUGAUCUCCACUAUUGACCCUGCCAAGGACCCUGUUAGAUCCGGCCUCGCCCCAAUUCUUGAGAGGCCUGAAGGAAGCCUGAACGGUGGGGCCACCACCAUGAGUUUGAUUGAAAAGAAGUUAAAAAGGCGAGCGAGAAGAGCUGUGCUUCGGAUAUCAGGAAGAAGGUCGUCGACAGAAGGGGAGGAAGAGAGCACGAAGCUACGAAAAAAUUUACAGGGGCUGGAUAUAAGGUGCAAGGUUGUGGACUUCGGAAAUGCAUGCUGGGCUGAUAAGCAGUUCGCUGAGGAGAUCCAGACAAGGCAAUAUAGAGCUCCAGAAGUUAUAUUAAGAUCGGGAUACUCAUUCUCUGUUGAUAUGUGGUCGUUUGCUUGCACUGCCUUCGAGCUUGCCACGGGGGAGAUGAUGUUCACCCCUCAGGGUGGCCAAGGAUUCAGUGAGGAUGAGGAUCAUCUAGCACAAAUGAUGGAACUCCUUGGGAAGAUGCCACGGAAGAUAGCUGUAGGAGGGUCUCGAUCCAAAGAUUACUUCGACAGAUAUGGGGAUUUGAAGAGGAUUCGAAGGCUAAAAUUCUGGCCACUUGAUCAAGUACUAGUUGACAAAUUCAAAUUUUCUGAAAGUGAUGCCCGGGAGUUUGCAGAGUUUCUUAACCCCCUUCUUGAUUUCACCCCAGAGAACAGACCAACUGCUCAACAGUGUCUACAACAUCCAUGGCUUAAUGUCAAUACUGACAAGGAAGCAAGUACACAAUAA